UGCAAAACAUACAGUGGGUCCAGGAUGGAGCAUUGCAGUAUGGGUAGUAAUUUAUUUCUGAAGCGACGACGGGGCGGAAGCGAGGAUGUUUCCUAAUAGAAGUCAAAGAGGAUCAUCAUCAUAAAACACUGGAAUUAUGAGCGCACGAGAAUGGACCGGGCAGAAGACAGUGGAAUUUGAGUCUAAAAUCAAUUCUGGAUGAGACUGUUUAGUACCAUUUUCACGUUUUUAAUAGUCUGAUAUGUCGACUCUGGCAUGAUGAGUCCCUGCCCUCAAUACAAUUUAGUCAGCUCCGGAGUUAGUCACUGGAAACUGGCAGAUUGCUACAACUGUAGCCUACAUGGUUUAUUCUGAAUUCGCCUCUGUUUUGCAGCCCUGGCACUGACGGUAAUUCGAUACAUUGUUAAAUGCCUUUGUAGGCAACGCUUUACAUUGUAGUUAACUACAUUGUAAUAAGCAAGACUGUAUUGGCAUGAAUGAAAUAUGUUUAAUCUUCACUAUUGGCGCAGCUCAUUUGAUAGUGAUAGGCUGUGAGCCUUUACAUAGCUUUUUAUGUCGAUAAUGCAUAUACGUGAGACUGAAUAAAUUAAGUGUGGUAUUGUAUUCGCGUGUUAGAGGCACCAGGCAGGCUACAGUUUUUGUCUCCAUGGGAAUACAAAAUGCAUGUGCAUAUAAUUAGACUUCACGCCUUCAUUGCACCGGAAUGCACCAUCGUAGUUCCCCUGGCAUAGUUAGCCUCCUCGCUAUGACAGGUUGGCACACAUAAAGCCUACUGUAUACAAAUGAACCACCAGACCGCUGCAUCAUCGAUGGGAUCAGACUAAAAAUAAAGCUGCGAAUAGGCUACCCAGACUGCGGGACGGAAACCGGGAUCAUCUCGCGUUUCGUACGGUGGACGCACCGGCAAAGGACUGCAGACCAUAACGGGACACUCCGCUAUAAAGGUCGCACGUGUCGAAUAUUUAGUAGAACUUCUCUUUGGAUUGGGACUGCCUAGGAACAUUAGCCAUAUUUCAUUAUGUGUUGUUCGUGUUCUUCCCUGCGCUUUAUGUAGGCCUGCAUACACAUUGUUUGGGUUUUGUUCAAUUUCAGUUCCCGAAGUUCAUGUUUGUUUUCAUGUUAUAAUAGCUAUUAGGGACAUUGCCUCAGUCAGAGUAGCCUAGUUGUGAAGAGUGCGACAUUUUGUAAGCACUCAGUAUCCCACAUUUCAGCCACUAAGAAAUGCAACGGGGUGAUUUGAGCAAUAUUCUGGGUAAUCCGUUUUAGCAGCUGUGGGCAAGUGUCGAAAUUUGAAAGAUGAGCUUUGGAUACCAGAGCUUCAGUCAGUGUGCCAGCAGUGCCUGCACACAGAGAAUCACUCGGGACAACAAGUCAACUGAGACAGUAGACUGAGACUGUGCUUCUCAGAUAAACAUUACAGUGAAAAAUAAUACGACAUUAAAGGACUUAUUGGUUUAGUGUAUUCAGAUUUUCUUUUGAUUUAAAAGCUUAUUCAAAGCCAUAUAAAUAAAUAACAAAACUAACCUCCUAUUUGACAAUAGCAAAAUCACUUGGUUUGUUAUCCAUGUCAUGGUUUGUCCUUUAAUUUGACAUGAAUUAAUUCUGGCGCAAGCAAAACCAAAACCAACGCCCCAGACCUCUGCCAGUCACUUUUCAGUUCAUUUUUUUGGUAAAAACGUUUGAUUCCUUUUUUGUCAACAAACAAAAAAACAUUCCAGUGCCUCAACUUUGCUAUAUUAUCUCAGAGAUGUCGAUUGACGGAGGACCCGGUCAUGUUUGUGUGUGCUCCUUCCACUGCCUGUGUCUGUGUGUGACAAAGGUUUCAAGCAUGAUGGAUCAGGCAUGAGACUGCAUACGCGAGGGAGGAACACUGCAAAUAGUGCAGAAGGAAUAGUUGAAUGACACUCCAGACAACAUGGCCCAGAGAGUUAGUUAAGAGGCCUACAAGUCUACGACAGAGAAAAAUUGGUACCCACUACAGAGAAGAGAGGAGUGUGAGUUAUUUCCUGGAGAAAGUGUCAAAUUGGAAUCAGUGCCCGAGGCAAGCAAUUACAGUUUGUAUUGAGCACUUCCUCCUCGCUGUGGGAAAUCCACCCUGAUCUGGAGUUUGAAACGUCGUGUUUCACUUGUUUUUUGAAUACCCUCGCUUUGAUUUCCUCAUUAUUGCCUUUCUAUUUGAUUUUUUUGGGGAUAUAGCCAUCUUCAAGCACACUUGGAGUCACUUCACAGGAUGAAAUCCAUCCCUUUUUGAAAUGGGGAUUGCUUUUCGAAUUGUGCCAGUUGGAAAUUUGUCAGGACUGAGAACACAUGAGCAGGGUUUUCACCCAGCCCUAGUUUCCCCCAUCCCCCACCCUUAAACUGUCAGCCUGAGAUCGAGACACAAGGCACUGUCACUCCGCUCCUCCCCGUCCCGCACAUUUUGCGGGUUCAAAGGGUGAGAACCCAAAGUAGACUUCAAAAGGAGGAUGGGGAGUUCUGCCUCCUCUCUCACCGCGGAGACCGAGUCGGACCACGGCUUCCGGAGCACCCCGUACCCGUCGUCGCCUCCUAUGGGCUGGCUUAGGAACAGCCACAGCAGUCCUGUGUGGGGCACCACCUUCAUUACGCGCCAGCAGCAUCUGCCACCUCCACACAGAGAGCGCAGCCACUCUCAGUCCCCGGGCUCCAUGGCGGCGGCAGUGCAAGGCAGCGAGUGGUCGUGCGGCCGCUGCACCUUCCUGAACUCGGGGGUGGCGCCACGCUGCUCCAUCUGCGAGGCGCCGCGCCAGAAACCCGACCUCAACCAGAUCCUGAGGCUGAGCAGCACCGAGGAGCAGCAACGCUGGGCCUGCCCCCGCUGCACCCUCAACAACCCCCAGGGCUCCGGCGCCUGCACCGUCUGUGGCUUCGGACCCUCGUUGGGCACCCCCACGCCGACCACAACCAUGGCCGCCACCACCAACGGCUUCCUGCCCCCGCCGCCGCAGCCUCCGGCGCCAGUUAUGACUCCCAUGGUUCUCCUGGAGCCCCGCGGGCAGCAGCCGGCCAAGGAGGAGGCGCUGAGGAGGUCGGAGAGCAACGGGGAGGUGGGGGGCCUGAGCGGCCUGGGUGGACCCGAGGGGCAGCAGCACCACCACUCAGGCUGGGCGUGCCCACGAUGCACGCUUCAUAAUACUCCUGUUGCAUUGUCGUGUUCGGCCUGCGGGGGACCAAGGAAACUGUCGCUGCCCAAGAUCCCACCCGAGGCGCUGGUGGUGCCCGAGGUUCGCACGCCCGUGCUAGGGUUUCCCGUCCACGUAGCAGGGGCCUCUGCCCCUCCACUCCUCAUAGACUUGACAGACGACUCUCCCCCCGCAGCCGCCCCCUGCGAACCGCAGGAGCCCCCCGACACCAACUUGCCUCCUACGCCACUCUCCUCCCCUUUCACGCCCUUCUCUUCUCUCCAGAACAACCCAGUGCCCCGCAGCAGGAGAGAGGUGCCCCCGCCAGGGCGGCCACCCAACCCUAACCUCAACGCCCCAAGCCCCACUUCGCCCUCCACGGCCUACGCGCCCCCUCCGCCCUGCCCUCCCCUCCGCCCUGCCAAGCCUAAGCAAGCCCAGCCUCAGGAGCCUUCCUUCCCCAGCAAGCGCCUCAGCAUCCUGGAGGAGGAGGACGGCCCCCACCCCCAUCACACCUCCCACGCCCCCGUUACAUCGCCCCCCACUUGGAAGUGCCCAGGAUGCUCCUUGCCCAACCUUAGCGGCUCGUCCAAGUGCGAGGCAUGUCGCUCGUCGCGGGCCGGUGCCGACCUCAUCGACCUGGUGGGCUGCGAGACGGUGCGCUUCACUCCGGCCAGCCCCUCCAGUCCGGACUUCAGCACCUGGGCCUGUUCCAAAUGUACCCUCCGCAACCCCACCGGGGUGGCCAAGUGCACGGCCUGCGGUUCCUCCAAGCUGCAUGGCUUCCAGGAGCCUAGCUCUCGCUGCUGCCCGCACUGCGGUCUCCCCGGCCCCUGCUCCUGCUCCUCAGCCUCCUCCUCAUCGUCUUCUGGACACAAGGCCCGGAAACAAGCCCGGGUCUACCCCUCGCCCUCGGCCACCAACACCUCCUCCUCUUCCUCGUCCUCCUCGUCCUCCUCUUCCUCGUGCACGCUACUGCAGGAGAAGCAGUGGGGCUGUCCGGCGUGCACGCUGCUCAACGACGUCAAGUCUAAGAACUGCGCGGCAUGCCACACAGCCCAACAGUACCUGACGCUGCGCAAGGUGGCCAAGCCACUGAAGAGGAGGGAGAGCAUGCACGUGGAGGCACGGCGGCGCAACGACGAAGGCGAAGCCAAGGAACUCUGGGAGAACAUCACCACCUUCUGUCGAGAGAACGUGGUGAACUUCGUGGACGACAGCUUCCCUCCCAGCCCCCAAUCCGUGGGCUUCCCCGAGGGCGACAGCGUCCAGCAGCGAAUCAAAAAGUGGCUCCGCCCUCACGAGAUCAACUGCAACAACUUUAAGGACCGGGGCGUCAAAUGGUCUGUCUUCCGCACCCCUCGGCCCUCGGAUAUCCUGCAAGGCCUGCUGGGAAACUGUUGGUUCUUGAGUGCGUUGGCGGUGCUGGCUGAGCGUCCAGAGCUGGUGGAGAGGGUGAUGAUCACCAGGGGGAUCUGCCAGGAGGGGGCCUACCAGGUCAGGCUUUGUAAGGAUGGUACCUGGAUCACCGUGCUGGUGGACGACAUGCUUCCCUGCGAUGAGUACGGAUACCUGCUCUUCUCCCAGGCUCAGCGUAAGCAGCUCUGGGUGGCCCUGAUAGAGAAGGCCCUGGCCAAGCUCCAUGGCUCCUACUUCGCCCUGCAGGCGGGGCGCGCCAUCGAGGGCUUGGCCACGCUGACGGGGGCGCCGUGUGACUCCCUGAUGCUGCAGGUCAGCUCCACCAACCCCCGCGAGGAGCCCAUCGACACGGACCUCAUCUGGGCCAAGAUGCUGAGCUCCAAGGAGGCCGGGUUUCUAAUGGGGGCGUCAUGCGGAGGAGGGAACAUGAAGGUGGACGAUGUGACGUACGAGUCGUUGGGCCUCCGCCCUCGCCACGCCUACUCUAUCCUGGACGUACGGGACGUACAGGGCUACAGACUACUGCGGUUGAGGAACCCGUGGGGUCGCUUCUCCUGGAACGGCAGUUGGUCAGACGAGUGGCCUGAUUGGCCGCAGCACCUCCGCCACGAGCUCAUGGCCCACGGCAGCAGCGAGGGUGUCUUCUGGAUAGAGUACGGAGACUUCAUCAAGUACUUUGACUCGGUAGACAUCUGUAAGAUCCAUUCAGACUGGCAGGAGGUGCGGUUACAGGGCUAUUUCCCCAGUAGAGCCUGUGGUCCUGUUACGGUCACCGCUCUGACCAUGCUGGAGAGGACCGCGCUGGAGUUCGCCCUCUUCCAGGAGGGCAGCAGGCGGUCGGACACGGCAGACAGCCACCUUUUGGACCUGUGUAUCAUGGUGUUCAGAGCGUCGUUUGGCAGUGGCAACAAGCUGACCUUGGGCAGGCUGCUGGCCCACAGCAAGCGGGCGGUCAAGAAGUUUGUGGGCUGCGACGUGAUGUUGGAGCCGGGCGAGUACGCCGUGGUGUGCUGCGCCUUUAACCACUGGCAGAUGAACGUCAGCGGAGUGGGGCCGCCCACACCAGUGUCGAGCCCCACCAGCGCACGGCGUCCCAACCAGGACUUCCCAGGUUACAUCCUGGCCAUCUACAGCUCCCGCCAGGUGAUGGUGGAGCAGGUGGAGGCUACCGCUACCACGCUGGCCGACGCCAUCAUCCUACUGACCGAGAACAAGGGGGAGAGACACGAGGGUCGCGAGGGCAUGACGUGCUACUACCUGACCCACGGCUGGGCUGGGCUGAUCGUGGUGGUGGAGAACCGCCACCCCAAGUACUACCUCCACGUGUCAUGUGACUGUACGGACAGCUUCAACGUGGUGUCCACACGCGGCAGCCUCAAGACCAUCGACAGUGUACCGCCUCUGCACAGGUACCGUACACCACACACUACACACCGUAACUGGUUACCAGGUGCAUGGAGGAGGUACCGUACACCACACAGUACACACCGUAACUGGUUACCAGGUGCAUGGAGGAGGUACCGUACACCACACACUACACACCGUAACUGGUUACCAGGUGCAUGGAGGAGGUACCGUACACCACACACUACACACCGUAACUGGUUACCAGGUGCCUGGAGGAGGUACCGUACACCACACACUACACACCGUAACUGGUUACCAGGUGCAUGGAGGAGGUACCGUACACCACACACUACACACCGUAACUGGUUACCAGGUGCAUGGAGGAGGUACCGUACACCACACACUACACACCGUAACUGGUUACCAGGUGCAUGGAGGAGAGCACAUUUCAUUUGUAUAUAGACCUAUAUACCACUGUUGAAGUCUUUUUUUAGGUGAUUACUUGUUAUAUACAAUUAUAUUAAAAACUGCAAACAUUCCUUUCCGCCCUACGGCAUAAUGUGUAGAAUUGCACAAAAAGAACUAUAAAACUUAUUUUUGUAGUUGAUAUGGAUGUGGAUACCCGGGGCUGCGGCCUUUCACGACGAGUUCAGAUUCAUUGUGGCCCCCACCCUGAUCAUUGUUGCCCAUCCCUGAUUUACACCGAGUGUAUAAAACAUUAGGAACACCUUCCUAAUAUUGAGUUUGAACCCCCCUUUUGCCCUCAGAACAGUCUCAAUUCGUCGGGGCAUAGACUCUACAAGGUAUCGAAUUCGUUCCACAGGGAUACUGGUUCAGGUUGACUCCAAUGCUUCCCACAGCUGUGCCAGUCGGCUGGAUGUCCUUUGGGUGGUGGACCGUUCUUGUUACACACAGGAAACUUGAGUGUUAAAAAAAAAAAACUACAGUUCUUUACACAAACCGGUUUCGCCUACCACCAUACCCUGUUCAAAGGCACUUAAAUCUUAUGUCUUGCCCAUUCACCCUCUGAAUGACGCACGUACACAAUGCAUGUCUCAACUGUCUCAAGACUGUAAAAUCCCUCUUUAACCUGUCUCCUCCCCUUCAUCUACACUGACGGAAGUGAAUUUAACAAGUGACAUCAGUAAGGGACCAUAGCCUUCACCUGGAUUCACCUGGUCAGUCGUGGAAAGAGCAGGUGUCCUUAAUGUGUUGUACACUCAGUGUAUGUACCACGUCGUUCUGCUGAGAACAGUCUUGCAUGAAUGCGUGACCAUGUUUCCUGACCGUGUUUUCUGACUUUGUCUCCCCCUGCAGGCAGGUGCUGGUGGUGCUAUCCCAGCUCGAGGGCAACGCAGGCUUUUCCAUCACCCACCGGCUGGCCCACCGUAAGGCCGCCCAGGCCUCCCUAGGGGACUGGACCCCCACCAAGGCCACGCACAGCCCCCAGCUCACCCCCGACAUCGACGGCCUGCACCGGCCACGGCCCCUAUGACCACGGCCCCCCUUCACGCACACACACACACACACAAGCUGAUGAUCCUCACGUUGACACACACGUACGUGAACACCUUCGUGCGGGAAAGCGGGGGCUGUGUGACGCUGGAAUAAACACAUGUGGAUAGAGGGAGGGGGUGGAUUGUGGAGACAUCCGUGGGAAGGAUGACUGGACGGGGUACUGGCGGUUUUCUUCCUCUUCCUCCUCAAUCCAUAAAUGAUGCGGACUGGAUCCUGCCAAACCACCUGGAUCCAGUUGGGAAUGAGGCGAGGAGAGUGGGUGGAUGUGCCAUUUCGGAUGAGAUGGGAGAUGAGGGAGCCUUCCCAGGUGACGUCAGUGUUUCUAGAGGGGUCCUGAGCCUGAGACCCUCCAACCAACCAGGAACGAUUCUAGACCAAGCCUCGUCAACUACAACACUGUACUGUUUGUCUGUCUAUGGGCAAGGGAUAUUACCCAGACAGACACCCUGACCAGAACAGACCAGCGCCCGUUCUUUCUCUAACCCCCAACAGAUGUCAACGAACGCCCAGGAACACUUGACUGUUGACCCCACAUCCCAAAGGCUAAAGGUCAUUCAGAGGCCAGGGUGGAGUGCUGUAACUGCUGAGCCACCUGGUGGCUGUUUCCCCACAGAGCCAAUCAACCACGCUGACCUGACUCCCUGACCCCACUGUUCUUGGUCUAUGGACCAUUACCCCACCAUACUCGAGGUAGAAGUUGCAUUGAGCUGUUCUAGGAUCAGCUUCCCCUCCUCAAAGCCUCACUCCCAAUAGUCGCUGCUGUGUGAGGUUUAGUUUGGGAUGGGGAUGGAGGGGGAGGGUUAGUUGCUAUCUCCCCCAAGCCCCCUGUCCUGCCUCCUGUACCCUGCACCUUUGGAGCUGUCAACGAUCAACAGGAUUGGGGGUCGGGGGGUUACAAUUCUUCCCCCGUCUCUACACCAUGGUACGACGUGAGCCAAACCCGACUAGCGAUUUAACCACAGUCAUUUACAUUUUUUAAAGAAGUUUUAUUGUCUUUGGUCUGUAUUUUGUACGGUGCUUGAAUCGUUUUCACGAGCCAUCUAGGUUACCAUCUCUCCAUCCGUCUCCUCUGUCUUUCUGUCGGUCAACUGUCCAAGCCCUCCUCUGUUUCUCCUGCUGUUGAAAUGCUGUGUUAUUAUUUCUCCCAACGCAAGUCAAAGCCUGUCCACCUCAAAUAUAAGCUGGACUCUUGACUCUGUUUCCAAGAAAAUGUCAAAUCAAUGUGUAUCAUCAUAUGUGUCCCGUACGGAACAUAUAGCAGAGCUGGAAUCUUCACGGUGUUUGCACCUAGCUGUUUUGACUCGACUUGCUGUCGUUCGUUAUCCAUGAGGUCCAGAUCGGUGUCGUCAGCAGUCAUUUUUUUCUUUUAUUUUUAAAAUUUAUUUUUUUAACACAGUCGUCUCUAUUGCUGUUCCAGCAUAUCUGGUGAAUAUUAUCUGGGUGUUCGAGAAAGAGGAAAUGUAACCUCUUGCCCUCUAUUUUCUCUCUCUGUCUGUCUUACUUUCUCCCUCAGUUCAGUGAUCAAUGUCGAAGGAAGAGAUCUUUUUUUUUCUUUUUUCUGCUCUGUCUCCCGGAGGUUGAUUGACUUUGCACAUUGUCAAGCCUGUCUGCUCACAUUUGGUACGUCAAUUCUCGCUCCAGCAUCAGCAUCAACUCUUCAGCUAUACAAAGCUGGUUUAAGUGCUGUUGGGGAAAAUACAACAGUGGAGGUCAAUGGAUCGUUGUCGCAUUGUGUGCCAUAUUUCCCAGGAUGCACAGGGAGCAGUGAGGGAUGUGAGUGAUGUCACAACUGUUGUUCAUGUUUUACGCCAGAGCCAUCAGACUUCUAGCCUGGUUGACAAUGCAGUGAGUGUUCAGUCUGAUUUAACCAGACUUCACCAAGACAUCAAAAAAUCCCUCAUUUUAAGCUGAAACAAUUCACUCGUUCCAUCUACCGUCAAAGGAGAAAAUCCUUAAAACACGAUACCGUCUUAGUUCGCCGAGGUUUGGGAGAUUUCUUGGGAUUUAAGUAGAAGAACUUAAGAUGUAACUUAAGUCUAAGUUAAGGAAGAAAUCUUUUAUUUUCUGUAAUAAAAUGAAUUGGGAAAACUUGGGAUGAAAGGAAGUUUGGAGGUGCAAUCGAAAGAUGAUUUGUUUAGGCUGUUUUGGAUGUAAUGAUUUGCAUAAAUGCAAUUCACCUUCCUUUGCAUGUUUUCGAAUGUACUGUAAUGGAAAAUAAUGGAUAAUGGAAAAAAGACCUUGAGCUGACGACAAUGUCACACAUAUGAGCGUUUUGACACCACUCGUGACAAGUAAAUAGCCUGACAACGUCAUGAUACGUGUCGUCUCGUGCAAUACAACCACUUCUAACUUGUUGGAUAGCCAACUAGUAGCAUGUGUUUCGUGACGGUGUCAUCGAGUACUGUAUGUAUUAUGACCAUAAUGCAGCUCAAGUUGUCCACUGUUAUAGUCAAUGUUUAACAUGUACCGGAACACUUUCAGGAGAAUGACCAUUUGCUCUCUGCAAUUGCAGCCAAGUAGCUGUCCAUUCUGUAUGUUAAUUCAUUUAUUAUUGUAAAAAAUUAAAAUAAAAUAAAAAGAUUUCAUCAAAGCACAAGAAAACCUGCUCUUAUCGCAAAUGUAAAAUGUGUGCGAGAAAGGUUUGGAUACAUACAGUACGUAUGCGUGUGUAAGCUGUGGGUGUGAUGCGUACUGCCUGAGUUGAACCAUCCAUUGAUUGAUAGGUGACAGAAAAAAAAGGAAUGUUUAUAUGUUUUAGCCCAGUGGGACUGUCUUUACUCGGAAACUGAAACCUGCACUGAAAAAUAUCUGAAAUCAAAGGCACCUCAAAUGUCAGCGUCAUGAGGCUCUGUGACUUCACUUUACAUGUUGUGUGCAUUUACAUGUAUUUUUUUUUUUUUGUUUUUGAUGAUAUAUCUGUUUUUAUUCAUGUUGUCAUUUCGCUCUCUCUCUCUCUUCAUGUCGUUCCUGUGGAUAAUUCUAUUCGUCUCGUGUUGAGAUGUGGUGGUGACUCUUCCUGGCAGUAGGGGUUGGCCCGUGGUGUUCACUGGAGGCUGUGGCCGUUCACAGUCCAUAGCCAACAGCCUCUAACUAUCUGGUUCUGUCUUUGUAAACUGUACAGACUCCAGUGCUAUAAUCCACCUCAACCGACACAGUGAACCAACUGUUUUACCUUGUACAAAAAUCUAAUCAAAUCCAACAUAAUGCUGUAACAGAAAAUUGAUCUCUUAUUUGGGCAGGAAUGUGAUAUAUAUAUAUAUAGAAUAUUUUAUUGAUUUUUUUUGGGGGGGGGGGUGUAUAUGUAUAAAAACCUAUGUAUGUUUAAUUUUCAAUCUCAGGUUCCAAUGGACCAAAUAAAGUUUUUUUUAAAUAACA